AUGCAUAAACUAAACUUUCAGGAAUGCAGUAAGAAUGGGAAGACAUAUAAGGAAGGAGAGGAGUUCCAAAUCGGCCACCUACGUUACAAAUGCCAAAAGUAUGGAUGUCUCACUGGAAAGAACAAAACCAUGAAAAUCGGCGAAAGCGUGACGAUUGACAACGUGAAGUCCCAGUGCCUUGCGAAAGGUAGUUCAGUGUAUUACAGAGAAACUACGAUCAAAGGCACACUCUGCGAUCGUCCAAUGGCCAUUCGUCCAAUGCACUCCUCAAAUAGGUAA